GGAGGAGAAGGGAGCUCGAGCUCCGAUCACGAGUCAUGAGGAGCCGGAGAGGACGGAAACGGAGAGUUUAAGCGCGCGCUAGCUCUGCAGAUGAGGACACGAGGCAAGAGCCGGGGAUCAAAGAAUGGCCGCUCCUGAUCUUCUGGACCCUAAAGCCGCCACCCACAACUCCAAGCCCCGCCUUUCAUUCUCCGCCAAGCCGGUGGUGCUGAACUCGCCGGAGGACUUUGAGCCGCGCAUCAGCGUCAUGCGGUGGAAAACGGUGCUGACCGUUUUUCUGCUGGUGGUGCUCUAUCUGAUUGUAGGAGCCACUGUCUUCAAAGCUCUGGAGCAGCCUCACGAAAGCUCGCACAAACUGGCCAUCCUCACCCAAAAGCUCCAGUUCCUCAUCGACCAUCCAUGUGUUAAUGUAACUGAGCUGGAGGACUUGGUGAAGCAAGUAACGCUGGCCAUCCGAGCCGGAGUGAACCCUUCAGGGAAUUCAUCCAAUCAGACGAGCUUAUGGGACCUGAGCAGCUCCUUCUUCUUUGCUGGGACUGUUAUCACUACUAUAGGAUUUGGAAAUAUUUCACCUCAUACGGAAGGGGGCCGGAUAUUCUGUAUUAUCUAUGCUCUGCUGGGAAUCCCCCUGUUCGGCUUCCUGCUGGCCGGAGUGGGCGACCAGCUGGGGACCAUAUUUGGCAAAGGCAUCGCCAAAGUGGAGAAGAUGAUUGUGAAGUGGAAGGUGAGUCAGACGAAGAUUCGCGUGAUCUCUACUGUUCUCUUCAUCCUCUUUGGCUGCCUGCUCUUCGUCACACUGCCAGCCAUCAUCUUCAAGCACAUAGAGGGCUGGAGCACCCUAGAGGCCAUUUAUUUUGUCGUCGUCACUUUGACGACCAUUGGCUUUGGAGAUUUUGUCGCAGGAGGAUCUGAGAUGGAAUAUCUGGACUACUACAAGCCAGUGGUAUGGUUCUGGAUUCUGGUGGGGCUUGCGUACUUCGCCGCGAUACUCAGCAUGAUCGGAGACUGGUUCCGGGUCAUAUCAAAGAAAACGAAAGAAGAGGUGGGUGAGUUCCGGGCACACGCCGCAGAGUGGACGGCCAACGUCUCGGCCGAGUUCAAAGAAACCCGCCGGCGGUUGAGCGUCGACAUCUACGACAAGUUCCAGCGCGCUGCGUCCAUCAAGCGCAAACUGUCGGCCGAGCUGGGCCUCAACAACCCUGCCGUCAACCAGGAGAUGGGCAAACGCACGUUGUCCGUCAACCUGGGGGACGAGCGGGAGGCGUACCCUUCGUUCCCCCUGUCCCGUAACGGCAGCCUGUUCAUGAACGGCCUCAGCCCAGAGUACGCUGCUGACCGGAGGGACAUCGCCGUUAUAGAACACCUGAAAUGAGAGAGGGAGAGAGAGACAGAGCACGAGCCCUGCGACUGGAGUGAAGAGAGAGUUCGGCAUAGGAAAUUUAGAGCGUUCUUCUUGCCUCAGAUGUGGUCAGUUAGGUAAGACAUGCUUGGUGUCUGAAGUUUCCUUCUCUGGUUUUGCAGUGGAGCUACGAGGGUAAUGUGGCUAACGAGCAGUAGAAGCUGUAUCUACACACUGCAUGGAUGAUGGAUGAAAUUUAGGCUUCUACUAAGGUUUUUAGCUAUAUAGCACAUUCCCGUCCAUUUCUGUAGAUAACAGUACAUCAUAGAGUGUCAUUAACAUGAUGAGUACCAAUACUGGGCCUACAAAAAAGAAAGCUGGUCAUUAAAAUCUACUCCCAGAUGUGUUACCAUAUGCACAUCCCUGCUGGCAAUAGUAAAAUCAUUUUUAGCAAUUUUGGUACAGAUAAUCAUAGCUUUCUGUGAGCUGCCAUGGUUUCCUAUCUCUGUAUGAAAUAUGCAUGAGGCUUCCAACUGAGUUAUUAAAUACCAAGAGAAGAUACGAUGGCAGAAAUUAGUCUGCCGUGCAAAACUAAGCCACGUGGUACCAUAGCAACUGCCUAGCAACACAUUAAUAACUGCCUGGGAUACCAUAACAACCACUUAGCGGUCCUCUAGCAAUCACCUGGGAUACCAUAGCAACAGCCUAGCAACACCAUAGCAAGCAUCUCGGAUACCAUGGCAACCACCUAGUAACACCUUAGCAACCACAUGGGUUACUAUAGGAACCACCUAGCAACACCGUAGCAACCACCUGGGUCACCACAGUAACCAGCUAGCAACCACAACGGAUACAAUGCCAAACCCCUAGCAAAACCUUAGCAACCAUAGCAUUUCCUUCAGGACGUGCACAUUUCUAGUUGUUUUAUAGCCGACAUUAUUGAUUACAUGUUAGCCACAUUAGCCUCCAGUGCAAAACUAAGGUUGCAUUCACAAGGAGGUCAUGCUGUCCAUCAGAAAUGUACCAAUACUAUGCUAAUUAUUUUAAGGAGGAAAUGUGUUGGUGGACAGCAGACACCAACUCAUGAAAAUUAUGCCCCAUGGUCCACUGAAAAACUUCACACAUGGUUCCAUAACCAAUGCGCCAGCCAAUUGGAGACAAUCUGGGGCAGAGCUUCAACCAGUCUCGUAUCCAGAGCUUGAAAAGAUGCAGUAGCGCUUCACAGGUCUCGGAGGAAGCCUGUGCUAGCCUUCGUCCUUCUAGACCUAAUUGUAUGUUUGGGGGAGUCCUUACUAGUGGGUGGAAUUGAAUAUGACUAAGUUGGGGAGAACAUUCGGGGAGAAAGAUAAAACUAAAAAAAGGAAAGAGUUUGUUACUCACAUGAUUCUCAAUUCGAUAAGGAAAACCAUCCAAUAUGACUUCAACAAACAAACAGCUCCCAAAGAUAGAUACCACAACAUCUUGUGACUCAGCCCAAAGAAGCAAACUUCAGACGCCGUACAUGUCAUGGCCGAUUGGCCACAUUUGGGGUACGGGGGUUAAAAUUGAGCAAAUAUGAUCUUUCACCAAAAUAUGGCUUUAAGAAGGGGGUUCGGGGAAAGCGAGGGGGGGUUCAGUUCUAAAAGGAGAAAAAUAAUGGGGAGAGAGAGGAGAUCAUGAUGCGGUGAGAGGAGAGCGAAGGAAGGAACUGGAGAUGAAAAUUGCGUCAGGAAUGGAGAGAAGGUGCUGCAUUUGCUAGGGCAAUGUGUUCUGUGCUCCACUCAGCAGGGGCUCCUACUCCAUAGAUAAACCCACCAUGCUCACAGAUAGACCCUCUGAUUACAGGACUAAGGCUAUGUCCUCAUUACAAGCCUUGUUGCUCAGUUUCAAUUUGGCGCUGAAAUGAGGUUGAUGUUCGUGUGUUUUGUUGUUGUGAAAAGAUGUGAGAAGAGCCACAUGGACAAAUGUUUAGCCUCUAUCUAAUACAUCUAAUGAAACUGAAUGAUGAUGAUGCACAAUGAAACAUAAACACAUGAAUUUGGCUUCAUUACAGCCACAUGGCCAUGUAUCCAAGUCCAAGUGAUCAUAAUUGGCUUCACGCUCUCUGGUUUGGUAGAACGGUCCUCCCUGUACCUCCAUCCUGAUGCUAACCAAUGUGGGUGUGUGUUAGCUAAUAUAACAGAAUUGGCCAUUAGUGUUCUCCUUCAAGCAUGUUGAGAUGAUGGUGGUGUUGCAAUAGCAGCAGUUUGAAAAGGUGUGGUGGGGCUUCACGUAUCUCAUGCUAGGCCUCACCCUCCUAGAAAGGUAGCCUCAUGCAAUCAUGGGACACCUCACCAGUACAUGGAAUUGGCCCAAAUUGGGAAGAACAAUUGGAUGAAAAUACAGUUAACACAUAUCUAUGUGAUGUUAGCAGUGGCUGACUUGGAAAACAAAUGGAGGACAGUCAUUAUAGACCAUUCCACUGGAAUGCAAAUAUGCCCCUUUUCACUGUUGCACAAGUCGGUUCACACUAAUGACAGAUUAUGUGGUGGGAGCCAUUAAGAAAGAAAGAUCUCAGUGGAAAAAUCAGAACUGAGUGAUAAAACUUGUAAUCUGACAAAAGCCGAAUGUUACAACGGUACAAAGGUUUGCUUCUAAUGCACCUUCAACCCUGAAACUGCUAAUUCAGGGACCAAUACACCUGCACACCAGCCCAGUUUAAGGACAAAUACAAAAUACUGACACAAGAGAUCAUGAGACUGACUCACCUGCACAGGUGCUGCCCCCUGACUCUGCCCCCUUUCUGAGAAACCCACUAAAUGAGCCCAAAGGCCCCCGAGUCUGCAUCAGAUGAAGAGGUUUUUUCGCUAUGCCACUCUGUAUCAUCAACGAUGAACCGGACUGCGUCUGCUCUGCCUUUUCUACUCGCUACUGUUUAGAGACUUGGCAAAGAAUCUUUUAUUUUCUCCUCUAAAAACAAGGCCAUGAGCGACAGGACGUGCUGGAACUCAAUGGAGAACUCACUUCAAGUCACCGGUUGAUGUUCUGCGAAAGUACUGAGGUGAAUGUGUUCGUUGUUCUCAAGGCCAAACUAGUUUUUGUUGGUCACUUCGCGGUAUGGAGAGGACAGCUGGACCAGAGAAUGUUCGUUAAUCCUGCAGCUUUUUACUGUCAGAGAAAAAACGAAAGUGCCUUAAUUCCUAUGGAAACUCCCUCUUAAAGAACAUUCACUGCAUGUGUUGAUCAAAUUCUGGAACAUCUGCUUGGUUGUUGUCUUAAAAUUUCACAGUUCACCUUAAUAUGUUUGUCCUUUGCUUUGAAGGCAAAGCCCCCCGGUCAGUGGAGAUGGGGCAGGAGUUUCGAACUUUGAACUCCAAGUAGCUAACCAGAGGACCACUGAGGUCUGCUGUUGCCAUGGUGAUCUGGGAACAGGACGUGAUCCUCUUGCCCAAAAAAGAGGUUCCCAUCCCCACAAGGAUUACCAUGGUUACUAUAGCAUGGCAACCGAGUAUAGUCUGACUCGCACCCACUUCUCACCCCGCAGGCUAUGAGUGCAACUCUGAGACUUGGCUGUAGAACAGAUUCGGUGGCGUUUCUCAUUAAAACUAAGACGAUUCCAUUUAUUUCCAUGCCUUAUCUCAGCCAUGUGGCCGUUUCGCUUGGAAAUAUAUGUUAUAGCACAACAAUGAAGGUGUGCUUGGCUCUAGAAUAUGAUACAUGCCUAGUAUCCACAGUCUUAACUAAUUGCAGCCUGUAGCUGCCUUCCUAGCAGAAACCAACAGGGCAAAAUAAUCACAGGAUAUUCUUAGACCAGUGGCCAUCAAUCCCAGUGCUUUUUGAGUCUCUCCUGCUCUCUAAUACACCUGAUUCAUCUCAUCUCAUUAUCCAGCUCCAGAACUGAGAUUGAGAACCACUGGCUGGGACCAUGAAAUGACACUCUGCCAAUACGGACACUCCUCUCACACUGCUAUCAAUUAUCUUUGAUGUUUUCAUUUUUACAAAUCAUUUUCCACUAAAGCAACUUAAUGGGCCACCACUAAAUACAUAUUUAUUUUAAACUGAUAAGAAAUGGUAUCUUAACAAGUGACAGCAAUGUGAUAUUUCCCAUUAUGAGAUUGGUAAAUAUUGUAUUGGAUGAUUUAUUUGUAGGCAGUUUUUACUUAAUUGGAUUCUUAUUGUCUCAAGAGGUGACAUGAUCUACCAUAAAUGAAACGGAUAGAAAUAGGUGAACUAAUCCUACAAUCUUACGAUUCUUACAACCCCCUCAAAACUGAAACUCACAUUACAUAAUGCUAGUCAAAACAGCCAUUAAGUACAAGUUACUCAUUUUUCAGCAACAAUAUAAAAAUGAGACAACAGCUAAAUAUAAUAUCACCAAUGUGUCAAAUCUUAGCCUUUAUUACAGCUUGUUUUCUUUUCAGGAGACUCACAUUCAGUUUUUCAAAAGGAAUUUACAAGGCUAUUUUUCCAUACCUGCAAAGUUCAGUCUUAGAAGUUGUUUGCAUUUCCUGCUUUUUACAAUUCAGAUUUUUUAUUUUUAUUUUUUAUUUUUUUAUUCCAUUUUGGAAACUUGUUUUUUUCCCCUUGACUUUCACAAUCGUUAUACCUUCUAUGUAUCUAAUCUCCUGGGAAAUAUCUCUGGAAAAUGAAUCAUUUGUAGUUAUUGGCCCUUUUUACUGGAAAUGAAUGUGUAUAUAUACGGUGUUUUCGGAGGAAAACCUUGCAUCUCCAUUUUUCAGUUUUUGACAUAAUUUCAAAAUACCUGUUGGCCUUUAUAUUGUCUGUAAAUUUCAUGAAG